AUGAACAUAAUCGUGUCCCUUCAUGGAAGCCAUUCAAUUCUAGCGCCAACUAGAUUCUAUACACGAGGCGGUGGGUUGCUUUUCGGACUGCCUAAGUUGAGGUUUUACCGUAUCGUUCGAAACGUCGGAAAUCAUGGUUUCCGAAGAGUACAAAACUGCAGUUGCAAGGAAUUAGCCGCCAAGGUAGCAGAGGAGAAGGAAGCAGAGGCCAAGAAAUUAGCCGACGUGGAAGCAGCGGCUAAGGCGGCUCGCGCUAAGGUAGCGGCGGCUAAGUAUGCCGCUGUUAGGAAAGCAGUCACUGAGGCAGCAGCGGCUCAGUACGCAGCCGCUAUGGCGGAGCGCGGCCUUAAACCACCAUCCCGUAACGAUGAUGAUGGUGUCCCCGGGUCGAAUCAAGAUCCAUGGAAGGAUUACUUCGAGAUGAUGCACAACAGCCAGGGUUUUGACAUUAAGUGUACUCCUGAUGAUAAUAGCCGCGAAGCAACAAUCGUACCUUUCAAAGUUACAGAAGAAGGCAGCGCUGAUGUCCGUAAAAUGUGCGAGGGAUGCAUUCUGUUGUACAACCAGAGAAAUGAUCAGAACUACGAGUAUCAUGACGGGGGAGUUGAGAACGUGGCAUUUACCCGUACACCUGAUUAUUCUCUAUAUUAUAUUACCUUCAGAGCUUCUCAAGGUGUUGACUCGAACAAACCGGUAAUCUUUCUAGGAAGGCAUGUUGUUUGUCAUCUUACUUCUGAGGAGGAGAAGAGAGGGGCCUUGGAGAGGAUGCCCUUGUUUUGCAACAAGAGAGAUGUGGCCCUCUCAGAUUGGGAACAGAGAAAGGAUCAGCCCUGCACACUUGGUUGCUGUAAACGUUAUAACAUUUACGCUGGUACUAGUAGCACAUAUCGUAAAUACGUCUGCGAUUCCUGGAAGAAGAAUGGAGCCCCCUUUUCACACCCUCUUGGGCACAAGGAGGAGCAAGCAACCUAUCCGCAAGCACAGGAUGCUAUGUCGCGUUGA